UCGACGUCGGUAAAAAUGAGCACUCCCUGGCGUCACAGCGUCUUUGCAGCGAAGCACAGCCGACUCUACGCCUUCUUUUGGAAUCUUGCCAUUUUCUAACAUCUGGACCUGACUGCUUUUUACAAACAUCACCAAAAAAAGGAGUAUCCACAAUGCCGAAUUGGGGCGGAGGCAACAAGUGCACGGCGUGCCGCGGGACGGUGUACCACGCCGAGGAGGUGCAGUGUGACGGCAAGAGUUUCCACAAAUGCUGUUUUCUCUGCAUGGUCUGCAGGAAAGGUCUGGACAGCACCACCGUGGCAAUUCACGACCAAGAGAUCUACUGCAAGUCAUGCUACGGCAAGAAGUACGGCCCAAAAGGCUACGGCUAUGGUCAGGGCGCCGGAACACUCAACAUGGAUCGAGGAGAACGGCUGGGGAUCAAACCUGAGCAGACGCCGUGUCACAAGCCCACCACCAACCACAACCCCUCGAAAUUUGCCCAGAAGUUUGCCGGUUCUGAGAAAUGUGCUCGCUGUGGCGACUCUGUGUACGCAGCUGAGAAGAUCAUGGGGGCGGGCAAGCCGUGGCAUAAAAACUGUUUCCGCUGUGCAAAAUGCGGCAAGAGCUUGGAGUCCACCAACCAGACGGAGAAAGAAGGCGAAAUCUACUGCAAAGCUUGCUACGCCAAGAACUUCGGACCGAAAGGUUUCGGGUACGGCCAAGGAGCAGGUGCCCUGGUUCACGCCCAGUGACAUCACACUCUCACCUUUUUUCUUUUUCUUCAACGCUUCUAACUGUACAAAUAAAACGAUGCAUCCUCCCAACAACAGCAAAAGCUGAUAUUUGACUGUAUUUUAUUAUGAAAGCCAUUAAAACUGAACCAUGCCCGUUAUGUUUUACAUCUGAAGCGGAGUUAACGUGAUGGUGUGGAGAGGCACUGGAGAUGAUGCUGGAAGAACGUUGUGAGGGAAUGAAAUGUUUGGACCUCAAAAGCUGCAUGAUUUGAUGACGAUGAGGCAAUUGAAAACCUAUUGUAUGAUCACAUUUCUGCUUUUAAAAAACAAAAAAAGGGGUCUUUACUUUACAAUUUGUACAUCCAGUGGUAUAACAAACCCAGCUUUAUAUAUUACACACUUGCACUGACACUGGAUUUGAGAUAUGAUGCAAAAAAGGACUUGCAAAUACUUAAUAACAUUGAGUCUAUACAUUGGGUUGAGCAUCAUACAUGCAGUGGUGGGAGGUCGCCUAUAGACACCAGUGUUGGACAUCACUAAAAGCUACUUUUAGUCCAAAAAAAUAAAAGAAUACCAACACUGACAAAACAAAACAAAUAAACAGUUCCAUAUUAUGUACAGAUGCACAUUCUUUACACUGCACUGGGAGUGUGUGAUAGGCUUUCUUUCUGUAAACAAUGCAAACAGCCAAAAAACAGUCAAAACAAAUCAGUGCAAUGUUGUAGGCAGACACAAACACAUGGAAUUAACCUUUGUGAAGUCCUCGUAUGGUUAAUAAUACAGUAAUCAUAAAUACACUACUACUUUAAUAUGUCAUCUUAUAAAAAAAAACCCAACCUAUCCCGUUAAAAUGAUGUUGAUCCAUAAAUAUCAAAUAAAUAUUUUUGUGCCACCAGACGAGUCCCCAUAAAGUCUGUCUGCUGCACUUUGCACCCUCUAAUAAAAAGACGACGGUUGCGGGUCCAAGCUUGACCACCCCCUCCACGUCACGGCGGUGCAAAAUAAAAGACAUUCCCUUAUUUGUUAAAAAAAAAAAAUCAUGGUUGCCGCAUGAUUACAAUGCAAAAAGGGAAAAGGGGGGCAGCAUCAUGUCUCUAAUAGUACCGAGAUGCUUUUAUUUUGCAAGGGGGCUUUCCUG